GUGAAAGAUAUAUUCUUCCAUUCCGAAAAACUUCAUUCUCUUCAUAGUCCCAUCCCAAUAUGGCAAAUCAUCCACCAUUCACAGUAACCGUAGGAGUUUUAGCUCUUCAAGGUGCUUUCAAUGAACAUAUUCAACUCCUUCGCUCCGCCCGUCAAAUUCUCGCCACCAAAACCAAAACAACACAUGAUCUUGAUAUAAAAUAUAACUUCAUAGAAGUACGAAACGCAAUCGAGCUUAAUUCAUGCGAUGCACUUAUUAUACCUGGUGGAGAAAGUACUGCUAUUUCACUUGUAGCUCAAAGAUCAGGUCUUCUUGAACCUUUGAGAGAUUUCGUUAAGUGAGCCAUCCACAUGAUUUUUUAUCCUCUUCCCCUUUUCUUAGGAGAGCAUUCCUCUUUCACCUACUUGUUCAGAAUCUCAUCCUAAUAAUACACCCAGACUUCAUCGAUAUCCUACUUGGGGAACUUGUGCUGGUCUAAUCCUCCUCUCUGAAUCCGCCAAUCGUACCAAAGCAGGAGGCCAAGAAUUAAUCGGUGGUCUCGAUGUUCGAGUCAAUCGUAAUCAUUUUGGUCGACAGGUAGAAUCUUUCUCGGCUGAUUUGGAUUUACCAUUUCUUUCGUCUGUCACUCCAAGCCCUUCUUCCCCUUCAUCAGAAAAGGAAAGAAAGGAGAAAACCGCCCCCUUCCAGGCAAUAUUUAUCCGAGCCCCGGUCGUGGAAAAACUCCUCCCCCACCUCCCUGGACCUCAAAUCUCUGAAUCUAAACUGGAAUCCACAGUCAUUGCGCCCUCUCGACCUAUCGACACAAACAACAUCCCCAAUCCCGACUCUAUCCUCUCCGCCCCAGUAGAAAUCCUCGCUACUCUCCCCGGCCGCACUGCAUCGAUUCCCGAUCCCCAAGUCCAAGAAAAGCUUAACAGUGAAUCUGGUGAUAUAGUAGCUGUCCGUCAAGCAAAUGUAUUUGGAACUUCUUUUCAUCCAGAGUUAACAGGUGAUGCGAGGAUUCAUGCAUGGUGGUUAGAGCAAGUCAUUGAGGAUGUUGUUAAAAGACGCGAGUUAAAAUCAUCAUCAAGAUUACCAUUAUAGGGUAACGACAUUGUGAUAUAUCAAAAAGAUAAUCCUACUCGAUAGAAAUAGAUUCAAAUUUUAUAAAUUCAUAUAUUGAAU